CUUUUUUUUUCUUGUAAAAUCUAAAUUCUAGACUUAAAAAUAUCUAUUGUGUUCUGUGGACAAAUUCUCUUGGUACACGUGUACCUACCAAUAUUUACUUCUAUAAAACAAUUUCAUCGUCGUCAUUGUCCUAUUAACGUAUCCAAAUAUAAUUUCUAGAACGAAGUGUAUAUGAUUAAUGUGAUGUGAAUCUCAUAAUCUCAUAUUGUCGAAUUGUUUUUAAUUGUUUUCUAAAAAAUGUCUGAAUUCAGGGACUGGUACAACAGUGUACCAUUCUUUACCCGGUAUUGGUUAACAUUUACAAUAAUACUGAGUAUAAUUGGAAGAUUUGGUAUCAUUAGUUAUUAUUAUUUUGUACUGGAUUAUUACCCAUUCAUUCAUCAAUUUCAGAUAUGGAGACCCAUAACAGCACUGUUCUUCUAUCCCAUUGGCCCAUCUACAGGAUUCCACUUCCUGAUAAAUUGUUACUUCCUUUAUAACUACUCACAAAGACUGGAGACAGGCAUGUUUGCAGGAAAGCCUGCAGACUACUUCUACAUGUUACUGUUCAAUUGGGCUUGUUGUGUUCUCAUUGGACUAGUUGUUGGCUUGCCGAUACUCAUGGAUCCUAUGGUACUCUCAGUGCUGUAUGUGUGGUGCCAACUGAACAAGGAUGUCAUUGUUUCCUUCUGGUUCGGCACUCGCUUCAAAGCCAUGUACCUGCCUUGGGUACUGUUAGCCUUCAACCUUGUUAUAAGUGGAGGUGGUGUGAUGGAGCUGCUUGGUAUUCUAAUCGGGCAUCUAGCAUUCUUCUUGCUGUUUAAAUACCCACAGGAGUUCGGAGGUCCAGCUCUUUUAACACCACCUAUAUUCCUGAAACAAAUAUUCCCUGACACGAGGUACAUGGGAGGGUUCGGCACAGCGCCCCAAGCGAGGGUGCCGACUCGACCGGGCGGCAACGUCUUCGGGGGACACAACUGGGGUCGUGGACAAACGCUCGGAGGAAACUAAACGUGUUACAAUGUACAUUAUAUUAAUGUAUUAAAUGAGUAUUGGAUUUUUGUUGAUACGGCAAGAGUGGUGUGGUUUCUGUUGUUCUGUUUUAAAUAAUUAUAAUAGUAAUAAAAAUAACAAAGAUUACAUUCUUAUAUAUAGUAAUAAUAUAAUAAACUAAUAAUUUUAAAGUACUAAAUACUAGAACAACAGAAUAACAACCGCUCAGUAUGUGUGUGGAUAGGUGUUGCAUAAUAUUGUAUGGCUAUAGAAAUAUUUCUAAAUGUUUAUUUCUGACUUCUGUAAAUUAAAUUUUGCAUUCUUUUUUUUUUUUAAUGUCAUUAUACUAUCGUUUUUUAUAAAUAUCAAGAUGAUUAUAAUUAAUAUUUUUUUAUGAUGCCUUCAUAAACAUAAACAUAGUUUAUUCAGACCAGAGACAUGUUUAACUUUCCAAAGUUU